AUGUCCUCAAACGCACUCAACGUUGAAGGCGCCGUGCAUGAACUUUGCUUGUGUCCAGCGCACUGCAAUUUGCCGCCGGUCAAGACCAAGGCGCUGACUUGCUCUUCGUAUCGGCGAUGGCCAGCUCCGUCAUACAUUCGUUGCACGCGGCGGGUGGCACGUCGCCCCCUUCUGACGCCCACUAAAACAUCUUGGUCACUCUUCACCUUUUGUGGCCCCACUGCACUUCUGGACGUGGCGCUGGUCGCUACUGGCAGGGAGCCAUCUUUACCUAAGGGCGUGUUCCUCUUCGUCACUACCCAACGCGUUAAGCCCUAUUCGACGUUGCCAGCGACCAUGACCUUUCUCGAUAUCUACAAACACUUUCAACCGUCGCGUUUCCACGGUGAGUUUGUGCUGGAUCAGCUGCCGUCCUGGAUCGCCAUGUACACGGCGAUUGAGAUGGCUCUGCAUAAACCCCUGGACCACAACGCCGAGCUGCAAACCGUCGGGUGGUCCAACGUGUCUGGCGUCGACAGUCGGCUCACGGGGGUGCUGGUGUUUGCGCUCGAGCUCGUCUUGGUCGUGACUGAUUACUUUGCGUCGCUCCAGACGUUCAUUGCGAUCGACUUGACCAUGGAAUGGAUGGUCCACUACGCCAACUUGUGGUUCACGUUUGUGAUCAUGGACGUGUUGAACUUGGAGGCGGGCAUCGUGCUGGGUACGAUCGAUGCCCGCCUAGCGUCCGCGUCGUGUCGCGGCAACGCGAUUUUCACCUUCGAACUCUUGUCAUGCAACAUCGAGACCGGAUUGUCUUGUUCCAUGCACAUUCGAAUCCAAGUGCAGACGCAUACUAUCGUGCUGCCCCACUCGUCGUCUACUGUGGGAUAG